AUGUUGCAGGAAGCGGAGCAAUGUCUCCUUUAUUACAAGGCGCGGGAGCUAAGCAUACUCAGCUCAGCGGCCGGGAAAUUAAAGGAUUUUGCUGAAGCCACUGUGAAACGCUGUAGAGAUAAACAUCUUGAUGAAGUGGUACAGUUGUUGGCAUCUCCAGAGAAAGUUUUGGGACACCUUUCCGAUGCUGAUCUCGUUCCCUUGCUUUGCUGUAUACUCGCGUGUCAGAUUGGGGCAUGCAACAGCAGUAGCUCCUUCCAGAAACUGGAGAAGAUCUUGUUGAAGCUGUCUCAGAUGAGACCACAACUGGUGUCACAAGAACGGGAAUCAAUGCUGAAAAACCUAUUGCAAAACAAAGAGGUGUUACAGCUCAAAGACCUGCAGACAGUCUGUAUGUACCUGGAGUGCAGUCGUGCUUCUCAGAAGUACUUUAUGCAGCACCUUCGCCACCUGCUUUCAGUAGUGUCAGUGACUUUCUCAGCGGUGUUGCAAGAUGAAACGUCUCUGAACACUGAGCAUUGUUACCUGACUGUCAAGAUAUGUCUUCAGGUAUUCAGGGAACUGGCAGAGGCCAUUAUACCACUGGUUUGGACUCCUGUUUCAAGCACUAGCCCCAUGCAAAGUAUUCUGGGAUUCCUGAUUCAUGUCAUUACAUCUCAGAACACUAGUCGAGAUACUAAGUUGCUGGCAGGCACAACUGUAGCUUCACUGGCAAACACUGCUCCCACAGCAGCAUUAGGAGCUCAGGCAGGGCUGAGCUUCAUCCAGAUGUUGAGAAACGGUGAGCGUCUUGGAGAGAGCAAGCAUUGGUUUGUUGUGCAUGUCUGUUUAACUGGGCAGAAUGAAAUAAUACUUUCUGUUUUAUCAUCUUUAACAUUGGAAAAAUUGACUCUGUUAUUUUAA